AUGGACCAAUUUAAAGUUCCUCCACCAACUUACGCCCCUGUUGCAGGUCAAACAAUUUAUGGUGCCCCAUCUUACAAUAAUUAUUAUAUGAGAACACCUCAGGUAUCAACAGCUCCUAUGAUUUAUCCAACACCAAUGAUGGCACCACCAAUUAUGACUCCACCAAUUAUGACACAACCAAUUAUGACACCACCUAUGAUGUAUCCACCUAUUAUUCCCUCUCAACCUUUUAUGGGUCCAUCAAUGGUAUCACCAAUUAUGUCCCCACCAAUGAUCCCUUCACAACCUUUUAUGGGUCCAUCAAUGGUAUCACCAGGUUAUGGUGUAACCCCAAAUUUAAAUGUACCUUUCUCAACAAAUGUGAAGUACUAUGAUUGA